UUUAUAGUUUCUUUUUUGUUUUCAUUGUAUUAAGACGAUUGUUGUGAAUACGAAGAAACGAGAGUUUUGAACAUCGAAGAAAUAAAUAUUUGUAAGGAGUAAUUUCAUAAAAUGCUCAAGCCAAAGGCCCUCACCCAAGUGCUGGGACAGGCGAACACUGGUGGUGUUCAGAACACAUUAUUGCUUAACAUGGAAGGGGCUUUAUUGGCAUAUUCAGGAUAUGGUGAUCGAGAUGCGAUGACCACAUCGGCGAUAGCCAGUAACGUUUGGUCAGCUUAUGAGAAACACGGCCGUAAUGCAUUUCGAGAGGACAGACUUCAAUUCGUUUUGUUGCAGUGUGAGAAUGGACAUGUUGCCAUAACGCAGGUUUCGAAUCUGCUCCUGUGCUUGUAUGCCAAAGAAACAGUGGGCCUUGGUCUGUUGAAACAGAAAGCAGCCGCACUUGCCAGUUAUUUAGAAGGACCAUUGAAAGAAAUUGCUACAUCUUAAAGCCGUCAGCUGAUGUUUAAUUACAUGAAAAUGUUUUAUGUCGAUAUUUUAUACGAAACGUAUUUCGAAUGAGUGUAAAUGAUGUGGAAAGAAAGAAUUAAAGUUGCUAUCAAAUGG